CAGGACCGACAUUCUUGUUAAACCUGCGGAACCAAUGGAAAUCUGCCGGUCAGGACCUGCGGACCGGCAAUUUUGCCAAGCCUGCUUUUAUCAUGAAACAAAUGAGAGAUCUCAAAACUAAUCAGCCACUCUAUGAUAAAAAGAUUGGCCCCAUGUAGUGCUGCAACAAUAUACUGGUUUAUCGGUAUAUAUCGAAAUACGCAAUCUGCAUAUUGUAUUGCGAUACGAUUUUCAUCAUACCGGUACGAAAAUUCUACAAAAUGCAUCCACAUUUCGUCAAGAAAAUCCAAAAUAAUUAUAUCAUUAUAAGGUUAUGAGGAAAUGGCUUCCCAUGAACACCAAGAAUACAGCACAUAUAUUGAGACAGGAAAUCAACAGAGUGCUUUUUAUAGCAGAAUAAAGCUUAAUAAUGAUGAUGAAAUACGCUUGAGUGAUCAUCAAGCUCAGGAACUUGUUGGAAAGGCUGAAAUUCACUCGCAAAAUUUACAAAGUCAGCAGCUUUCAGAUCAGCAAAACUUGGCAUCACCUUCGCAAGUAUCCUCAACAACUUCUACCAAUCUUUCAAUGGUUGCACGAUCUGAUGACAUGAACUCCAGUGGGGAUGAUCUGGAUUUGUCUGGUGACACUUCUAAGCGACACUCUGAUAGGCAACAUAUCUGCAUGACCUGUUUCAAAGCUUUCCGAAAUAAACCUCAGUUGAGUCAACAUGAACUUGUGCAUAACAAUAUGCGUAAGCAUGUGUGCAGCUAUUGUGAUAAGUCCUUCAAACAGAUCUGUCAUCUGAAUCAGCAUAUGCGUGUUCAUACAGGGGAGCGCCCAUACAAAUGUGACGUGGAGGGUUGUGGGAGAUCAUUUGCCCAGUUAUCAAAUCUGAACCACCACAAGAAGAACCAUGAGGAACAUGUGAAGCGCGAUAUCGCCCGUCAGUUUAGAUGCGAGGUGUGCGACCGUAGUUACGCAACUAAACAGAGUCUCAAUACACAUAUACAGAAGCUCCAUACAAAUUUGAAAUCCCCUGAGGGCUCUAUCACCAGUCCGAUAGUUUCACCAUCACCUGUUAAAAAGCGCAAAAGUGUCUCAAAAGACCUGCAGGCUUCCGAAAUCCAGACUAACCUCCCAGAGAUUGAAGAUGCCUUCAUGUUGGAAUGCGAAAGCAUAAAUGACCAUGACCCAGACGAUGACCUUCCCACACAGGUCAAGGUCAAGCCACGGUUCAUGGCAACAAAGUCCAACUUGAUGGUGAGAAUCGGAACGCCUUCAGGGGAGAGGGAUCGAAACCAAGGUCCCCGCACAACUCUGCCACUGCCGUUCUCCCUCAACCAAGGAUCUCCCGUCUCUACGGGUCAAAAAGUCUGCAGGAGUUGAUAGCUGCUUUUGGUGUUGUUGCUUGCGUGCAUUUUGCCUGCAUCGUCUUUCUGCCACGCUUCAUCUUGAUCAUCGCAUUCAACAUCACCUGACUUCUGCUUGCUGCCUGCAUGUUGAUGUAUUAUCAGGUCUGCUUGCAUGCAGAUGUAUUAUCAGAUAUUGGUUUUGUUUUAUUUCAUAAACAAUGGCUUAUACACCAUGUAGAUAUGAUAUAUGCUGUCUUUCUAUUAGCUGUUUUAAUUAACUAAUCAAAAUAAUAAUAAAUGUAUAAUCAUACUGCAUGAAUAUACCAUGAUGUAUUCUUUUAUAUUUUAGUUGACACAAUAAUUGUUUGGACAGAUGGCUUGUCUAAAGCUCAAUUCAGGGUGUAAAUGUUUACAGGGGUUUGAUACUUGUGGCUUGAUUGAGUAGUAAAACAAAAACAGUAUAAAAUUGUCAACAAAGGGUUAAGGAACAUAAAAUAAUCCCUUUCUCUUAGAUAACAUUGACUUUUUAUGCUUAGUGAUCAACAUGCUUUACUAUUUGCAUGUUUGUUGCAAUCAUCAAAUUAUAUUAAAGCAUGUGCAUAGCUUCGCCUUUCGAAUCUUUUUCGUACAAUGAAGGUAAAUGUAAGGAUAAAGGGCAGUGUCAGAUUCACACGCAUUGAAUACUUAAUCCACACUUGAUAAAUCAUGUUUGGCAAUCAUAAUUAUUGUGCCUAACUUUGACAAGAUGUGUUAGUUUACCUUUGUUGAAUUUAAGACAAGCCAGACGGUAUAUAUUUACUAUACUUAAUUUUUAUUACACCCCUGGUAAACUGAUUUAUGAUUUCCUAAAAGGAGUACAUGGGAAAUCUUAAGGUGUACUUUUGGGGACACAUACUGUAUACUGCCUAGGAAAUAUAUGGCCUGUGAAUGGUGAGUUGUUUUAGUGCUCCCUGCUCUUGUGCAAAUCAUUCCGCUAUUGUUCCCUGUGGGUUACAUUUGAACAGUAAACAUGACAAGGGGCUUCAGAAUCUUUUCACUGAUUAAUAGCUGUCAAAUACAUGUAGUAUUAAGCAAUUCGUUAAAACAAGCCUCGAGGUAUAGCCCAGAUUGAAAAAUCAAAAACUAUUUCAAUGCUAUUCAUGCUUUUUGAAUUCCAUUUUGUGUAUCAAUCUAUGUAUACCCCAAAGUCCAACCUAUGAUUUUAACUUUAUUCCUUUUGGGGAGAGGCAUAACAACUUUUACUAACCGGGCCUGGUGGAUUUCUUGUGAAAGCUGAAUGUAUGCAGUAUACAUAUGGUACCUUAUUAUAGCUGUCUUAUUAUCUAGUCUGUUAAGUGUUAUAUUCAAAUUUAAUCAUAAUGUGUAAGGAGCUUAUUCAUAGACAGUUAUGUUAGUUUGUUUUUUAAACAAAGUAGGUGCGCUAUUGCCAAUAAAUCAAAAGUUAGGUUCUCAAAGGUUUGCAUGUUAAAAAAUAUAAGUGCUUAUCGAACAUAAAUGAGCACAUUUUACAUAAAUAUAUACUAUAAAACAAUGACUGACAAAUAUUUUGUUUGAUUGUAAAUGUUGAAUGAUAUUUAUCUUCUUAAAUAUUCCAAUACAUGACUCAAUCUAAAACACACAGGCAAUGUCUAUUUUUAAUGAAUCAUUUUUAAUGAUAAUAUAGUAGUUUGUUAACGAGUUUUUUUAGUGAAGUGAAGUUUUAAACCCUGGUUAUCUCAGAUGAAAGUAUGGUGCAAUGUCAAACAGAGAUGAAAGUAUGGUGGGCGGGUGUGCAAUGUCAAACAGGUUAGAUGAAGACCUAGCUUUUCAUCACAUUUGGGGCAAAUUAGAUCGCGGUUAAGGUUACUUAAACUAGAUAACCUUAAAACAGAUUGUUUCCCGUCAAUAAAUUUUGCUCGCACCUUUCUUGCUAAAACAUAGGAUAAAGCAAGCUUGCAUUAGGACCUAGUUUGGGAUUGUAUACGAGGCUUUUUGGCCUAAGGUCAAGGUCACUUUUCCUAAAAAUAGAAAAUUGGAUUCUUAACCCUUUCCCAUUAGAUAUGUAUUUUGACGUGUUUGUAGUCUCUAAGAAAGUUAUAUUUAAUUGAAAACCUUUCUUACUAGAUUCAAGUUUUAAAGGCUUCAUUUCCAACCCUUAAAUACUGACGAGCAGCAAACAGGGUAAAAUUUUAACAGACUUUGAGUUACUCGCAGACUGUUAUGGUUAUAUGCUGUUUGCACAUAGCAAUUUUUACUCUGACUUUGAGUGGGAAAGGUUUAAUCAUUGACAGCCUGGUUUUGUGGUGUUGCCAUGGUUCUAUUUAAGUUUUUAAUGUAUGAUAUAAGAUCAUGCUUACAUGCUCGGCUGUUUUCGGAGAAAACCCAAGGUAUUGUCAUAGCCAGCUUGUCGUGUCCGUCGUCGUGUCGUCCGCUGCCCGUGUCGUGCUAAAACCUUGACAUUUUGUCAAGGUUUUGAACAUUGGCUCUAAAAUCAAAGUGCUUCAACCUACAACUUUGAAACUAAAUAUGUUGCUGCACCUUGAAGAGUUCUACAGGCCACACCCAUUUUUGGGUCACUAGGUCAAAGGUCAAGAUAACUGUGACCUCUAAAAUAAACAACAACAAAAAACUGACAAGCUUUCAUUUAUUGAAAACUGCACCUGCAGCUGAGCGUGGCACCCUUUAUGGGGUGCUCUUGUAAGCUCACCUGAGCACAACGUGCUCAUGGUGAGCUAUUGUGAUCGCCUUUUGUCCGUCGUGCGUCGUUAACAUUUAUCUUUUUAACACUCUAGAGGCCACAUUUAUUGUCCAAUCUUCAUGAAACUUACUCAGAACAUGUGUCCCAAUAAUAUCUUGAACGAGUUUGAAAAUGGUUCCGGUUGAUUGAAAAACAUGGCCGCCAGGGGGCGUGGCAGUUUUAUAUAUAGCAAACCUUGUUAACACUCUAGAAGUCACAUUUAUUGUCCGAUCUUCAUGAAACUUUGUCAGAACAUGUGUCCCAAUAAUAUCUUGGACAAGUUCGAAAAUGGUUCCGGUUGGUUGAAAAACAUGGCCGCCAGGGGGGCGUGGCAGUUUUCCUUAUAUGGCUAUAGUAAAACCUUGUUAACACUCUAGAAGUCACAUUUUUAGUCCAAUCUUCAUGAAACUGGGUCAAAACAUGUGUCCCAAUAAUAUCUUGGACGAGUUGGAAAAUGGUUCCAGUUGAAUGAAAAACAUGGCCCCCAUGGGGCGGGGCAGUUUUCCUUAUAUGGCUUUACUGCAUGGUAAAACCUUGUUAACACUCUAGAAGUUACAUUUGUGGUCCAAUGCUCAUGAAACUUGGUUAGAAUAUUGAACUAAUAAUAUCUGGGCUAAGUUAAAAAAAUGGUUGAGAUCAGUUAAAAAACAUGGCCGCAAGGGGGCGUGGCAUUUUUUCCUUAAAUGGCUAUUUACUACAAAACCUUGUUAACACUCUAGAGGUCACAUUUAUUAUCCAAUCUUUAUGAAACUUGAUCUGAACAUUUGUUCUAACAAUAGCUUGAGUGAGUUUGAAAAUGGUUAUGGUUUGUUGAAAAACAUGGCCGCCAGGGGGGGGGAGGCAGUUGUCCUUAUAUGGCUUUAGUGAAAACUUGUUGACACUAUAUUAGCCACAUUUAUUGGCCAAUCUUCAUGAAACUUGGUCAGAACAUUUGUCCCAAUGAAGUUUUGCCAGAGAUUAAGCUGGGUCAUAUGAGCUCAAAAACUAGGUCACAAGGUCAAAUAUAAAAAAACAUGUUAAAAGUCACUUUUUUGGUCCAAAAUAAUCUUCAUGAAUCAGCUUGCAUUUUUUUCAGAAUAGUCUAGUUCAUUUGGCUUUCAGGUGAGCGCCUUAGGGCCUGAUGGUCCUCUUGUUUUUAAAUAUCAUUACGAGUUUUUCUUUUAAUCUUAUGUAUAGUAAGAAAAAGCGAUUGGUUUUUAUUGAGGUAUGUGUUGUUUAAGAUUUUGAAUGUUUCUAUAGCUCAUUGUUCUACUGCUUUUACACCAUUGAGACUCUUACCAUUUAUUUUGAAAGAAUCAAUGGUAGUAAUACAACUAUAAAAAGAAAAUUGAUUUUAAUGUGCUACAUUUUAAAGUUUAAUGGCAAUAAAUUGGUUUAUCACUGUACAUACAUAUCAUGAUUGUGGUUUUGCAAAGUGGUUGCUUCAAAUAAACAUUCUAACAUUAUGUCAAGCUUCCUAAGGAAAUGUCAGUCACACCAUUCAUGUUCAAGGAUUAUCAAGGAAAAUGUGUACGUACUUUGGUAUUCCCGUUUUGUUCUAUCAUUUUACUCAGUGUUCCUCUUUAAAUUAUUAAGUGUACCUACGAUGUAUGUUUUUAGCAAAUGACUUUAAGGUGAGAAACAUAUGUGCAAUUUUCGUUUUAAUUAUUUAUAUGAUCAACACUUGAGUAACACGGGGCCAUGUCUUUGCUCCUUUAUUUGUGCUUGCUCUAACAUUCCAUUCUUGCAUUUUAGUGGCAUAUGCAUUUCUGUGUGGGUCUGUAUUUUUAAUUUUCUUCCUUUUAGUAUGAUUUUGUACACAUAAUGGUCAUAUCUUCUUCCAUUGAUAAAAUUAGCCUUUUUCGUUCUCCAAAGCAAACUAUUUUGUCCUGGUCAGCAUAAUUUAAACUUUUGAUUUUUUUCUUGUACAUUUUUACUUUCAACAAUUUGACCUUCAGUUUAUACACUUUAGAAAGAUAAAUUUAAACAGGUUGGACUAAACAAGUGGGCCUAUGAACCUCACAUCCAUUAUCUAUGGGCCAUUUCAUGAGAAAAUCGAUCUUAUGCCAUGGGCUAGCUCCAUACCAGCCUGCACAUUGGCAAACAGCAUAGACCCAGAUGAGACGCUGCAUCAUGUGGUCAGGGUCUGCGCUGUUUGCUUAAAGGAAUAUCUGUAAUAAAUAUUCAAAAUAUAGAAAUAAAUAUACUAGACAUCCCUAAUUUUGGAAAUAAAUUGAUCCAAUUAAGAAGGAUGGGAGAGUCCACUAUGCAUAAAGUCCCGCCGACAGAUUAGCUCCUUACAAGACUGAGAAUAAGAAGGCAUGUAAGGAGCUUAGCUUUCUACAUAUUUCAUAAGACCCAUUUUUGCAUGAUGUCACUAAAAUGUUCUUCCCAGUAACAGUAGAAUUUGGGGACUUUGUUAGGAAGGAACCAUUUCUCUUGUCGGGAUUGUAAUUUUGAUCACCUUAUGAACCAAAUUAAUUUAUUGUGUUUUGAUUCUUGAAAUAAUGAUGAGACAGCUAAUAAUAUUUAUUGUUAUACACUUUUUUUUAUUCCCCCGGUAGGGUGGCAUAUAGCAUUUGAACUGUCUUGUCAGUCCGUCCUUCCGAAAACUUUAACAUUGCCCAUAACUUUUGCAAAAUUUGCAAAUAGCAACUUGAUAUUUGGCAUGCAUGUGUAUCUCAUGGAGCUGAACAUUUUGAGUGGUGAAAGGUCAAGGUCAUCCUUCAAGGUCAUAGGUCAAAAAAAUAAAUCCAAGGGAAGUAACAAGCUUUAAAGGGAGAUCAUUUUGAUUUAUCAUUUGGCAGGUACAGAUCAAUUUUACAAGGGAAGUAAUGUUUUUUUAAAGGGAUAUAAUCCAAAACAUAAAUCAAUCAAAGCAGUGCAACAGGGGGCAUUGUGUUUCUGACAAACACAUUUUUAACCAGGUUUUUAACCAGGUUUUCCGAAGGAAAAAACUGGUUAUUAGAUUGGCGAAUGCAGGAGGGCUGGCUGGCUGGCGGGCUGGCGGGCGGGCGGAACAAGCUUGUCCGGGCCAUAAUUAUGUCGUUCAUUGUCAGAUUUUAAAAUCAUUUGGCACAUUUGUUCACCAUCAUUGGACGGUGUGUCGCGCGAAAUAGUUACGUCGAUAUCUCCAAGGUCAAGGUCACACUUUGAGUUCAAAGGUCAAAAAUGGCCAUAAAUGAGCUUGUCCUGGCCAUAACUAUGUCAUUCAUUGUGAGAUUUUAAAAUCAUUUGGCACAUUUGUUCACCAUCAUGGGACGGUGUGUCGCACGAAAGAAUCACAUCAAUAUCUCCAAUGUCAAGGUCGCCACGACUAAAAAUAGAUUUUUUUUAAAAACAAACUUACAAAGGGGGUUAAUUUUGUUUGUUCAUUUCAAAAGUUCAGUUUCAGUUUUCUCCCUUUAUCAGAUUUUUUUUCACAAUGAAAACCUGGUUUUGUGACAAUUUUGUCCCUUGUUUGUUUUGUUUUAAAAUACAAUCACAUUUAUUCUUUGCCUCAAUUUUAAACUGACUUACAAUAUUUGAUAUUGUUUAGACUUUGAGUUCGUAUUAUUUAUCUUUUGCUGUAAAUUAAUUGGAAAAUCUACAUUGUCUUCAAAAGUUAUAUAAAAUUUCAUUUAGGCCAGGCUCGGUGGCAACAUGGCUUAAUGAAAUCUGCACAGGUUAAUCAGAUACAACACUCUCCACUUUAUGGAUUUGUUUGUUUGAAUUAAGACUGAACAAAAAACCAGUCUAGGCAGAAAGUGUUGUCCUUGUUUAGAUGGUGCGGACUGUGCAAGCUGAUCUGGGACAAAACUUUAUUUACAUGCAUUAAGCCCCAUUUUCCCAGAGAGUGGCUCAGAGAUUCUGGAGCCUUGUCUUUUCAAAGAUAUAAUGAUAGAUUCAAGUUGCAACAAAAUUGUGUAGUUUCAAAAUAGUAAACAUGUAUCGUUAAUAUGAUGCUUAAUUGUGAAAGAUACGAAAAUCAGGCUCCAAGUGAGCAGCUUAGUAUGUACGAUUAUUUGGAUUUUGAACAUAAAUUAUGUUCUGUUAUUUAUGGCCCCAUUUGAAGAAGAUGGGAUAUAGCAUUUGCCCUUUUAGUCUUUGCCUAUGUUUGCAUGUGCGAAUGUUGGUUUUUUAAUUCUGAGCCAUAACUUUUCUAUAACUGGCUUGAUUUUAAAAUAAUUUAGCACAAAAUGUAAAGACAUCCUGUCACAGGUAGAGGUCACAAUAGGAUAAGGUCACGCUCAGGGGUCAAGUCAUAUUUGAACAAAAAAAUGGAAUGAGGGAGCAUCUGUUAGAUAUGGACACAAGACUUGUUUGCCAGUAUUUUCAAUUUGUUAAUUUUUCAAAUAAAAUAUUUUUGCACCAUGUGAUUUUGAAAGUGUUAUUUUUUAAAUUGUUAGCCAUCACCCCCCUUUAAAGUGAAUAAUACUUGUUUAUGUCUACAUUUGUUGAUGUUAAACUACAAAUGAAUAAACUACAAAUGAAUAUGUACAUGUAUUAGGAAUGUUAAAGGAAACAAAUGAAUAAUAUUUCAAUGAUACAGGUUUACUUCAAUGAAAUUCAUAAGGACAAACUUUUUGACAUAAAGAACAUGUAAGUAAUAUUUGUUGCAGACAAACAAAUUGUGUCUUUGUGUUGUUUUUACAAACCGCACAAAAUAGUAGGGAUAAUCAAAAAGUGUUCCUGUCUUUUGUUAAGGGAUUACUUCCAUUAAAAAAAUAAUUUGCAAAUUAAAAAACUCGUAAUUUCUUUAAUAAUUUGGUACCAUUUAAAGGAACUUUUAU